GCAUGGGACCUGUGGGGUUGCUGAUUAAAUCUGCCUUUGGCUCCUGCACCAGGGUGUUUGCUGGUGUUCAUCCUGAGCCCAGUAGAAAGCAGACAGUUAGGUGUCCCACCUGGGAGUGCAACCCCACAAAUCUGGACUUGUUUUCUCACUGUCUAAUGUCUCUUUAUUGGAAUUUUCACCUUUCGAGGACCAGGGACAGCACCUUCCCCACUUGUAACUUUUUUAGCUACCUCCGUGUUGAUCCCCUGGUAAAUGCCCAGAUAAUUCUUGUUGGGCUGAGUGGGAGGGAAUCAAUAACACUCCGUGUUUCACGGUUUGGGGCAGGAAAGGAUAAAUGGUGAUGUUGCAAAUCCCUUAAUUCAUUACCAAGCCUCUCUCUGCCCCAAGCAGCAUAGAAGGACACCCAGAGGCAGAAAAGAAUAUCAAGAGCAAUGGCACAUAGCUUUCUGAAGCUCUGCAUUCCUGGAAGAGUUAGAGCGACUGUCAAAGCCCUCGACGUAUCCAUUUUUAUUAGUUUUUGUGGUGAUUUGAUGUUGUUAGGGAUUCAGCUCUCAUCUUCGCCUCUGAGAUCAUCUGAAUAACGCCGGGAAUAGGGAAGGCAAGAACAGAGAUGAGGCAGCCACAGGCAGCCCUGGACCCGACCAUAUAAAUCUAGGAGGAGGGUGGGGCAGGAGAGCCUGGGCUUCCCAGUUUGCUGGGCACGAGGCUGAGCCGGGGAAGCAGGAGGCAUUGGAGAAGACCGUGUUUUGCCUUCACUCCAGGUGGCCAUGACAGGUGCCAUGAAAGUCUCAAUCAUGCUCCUCCUAGUAACUGUGUCCGACUGUGCGGUGAUCACUGGGGCCUGUGAGUGGGAUCUCCAAUGUGGAGCACGCACCUGCUGUGCCAUCAGCCUGUGGCUGCGGGGGCUGCGGAUAUGUACCCCACUGGGACAGGAAGGAGAAACGUGCCACCCCAGCAGCCACAAGGUCCCCUUCUUCCGGAAACGCCAGCACCACACCUGUCCCUGCUCACCCAACCUGCUGUGCUCCAGGUUCCUGGAUGGAAGAUACCGCUGCUCCACGGACUUGAAGAACAUCAAUUUUUAGGAGCUUGUCCAGGCUCAGACACCCACCAGGCUUCCUCCCGAGUCCAGCCUGGGGUCACCUCUUCUGGAUUGUUAUUUCUACCGUGCAGCCUGCUCCCCGCAAUCCCUCAGUCCUAUACUGCCCAUCUGGAUCUUUCCCGUCUGGUAUACCAGAGGGCACAUGGACCAGCGACCUUCACUAUGGCACAGUUGGGUCAGCCUGUGGUUGCUGGCCCUGAGAGGUGGCCAGCCAGCUUCUCUCCCCUGUUCAACCUUCCUGAGAGGCUGUGAGCUGUGGAGAGGACAUUGUCCUCCUCCCUGACAUUCCCCAGCACAGGCCCCUGGGCGCAUUGCCCUUGGCCCUCCGCCCUAUCAUGUGAGGUCUGGGAGGCCAACCUGAGCAUGGUUCCUUCUCUUCUGGUGGAGUAACUCCUGAUUUUUAGACCACAGGCCCAAGGCCAGCUCUUCCCAGAAGGCACAAGGCAGUCACCUGGAGUAGGGUGUGGGACGCCAGGUUAGUCAGGCAAGCCAACUUCCUCAUAACUCUAGUCCUGUGACCUUGGGCCUGCAAAGUCCCUAAAGGCCUUCCUAACACUUCACCAGUUACCAGAGAGCUCCAGCCCCCAGGGUUUCACCAUUACAAUGAAAAUGGUGGGGCCUAAUCUCAUUUUUUUUUUAAAGAGAGAGAGAGAGAGACAGAGAAAGAGAAUUUUUUAAUAUUUAUUUAUUUAUUUUUAGUUUUUGGUGGACACAACAUCUUUGUUUGUAUGUGGUGCUGAGGAUCGAACCCGGGCUGCACGCAUGCCAGGCGAGCACACUACCCUACCGCUUGAGCCACAUCCCCAGCCCCUAAUCUCAUUUGAUGUGGACAAUUUAGAAGGGGAUUAGGGAGUUUCCUUACACAACCCUUUUCCAAGGAUCAGUUCCUGUGAGCAAAUCUGCAACCGUGAGGCAGGUCCUCCCCUGCCUCGUUAUGGAGGAGCAGGGCCCUCAGGCUGCCAAUAAAAGAAGGAACCAAA